AAAGGGGAGAAAAAAAAAGAGGAAAGGAGUCGAGGACGCACAGAGAGAGGGGGGCAUCUCUGUUGGCCCAUCGCCGCGGACGGGAGUCCAGGAGUGAGAAGGAGACAUGCGUCCCGUCGGCAGGUCGUGGCUGCUGCUCACCGGCUUCGUCCUGUUCUACGUCAUCUACCUGCUGUUCGGAGCGCUGGUGUUCUCCAGCAUCGAGCGGCCCGUGGAGGACAAGCUGCGGCGCGACAUGGAGGCGCUGAAGCGGGACUUCCUGAACCAGAGCUGCCUGAGCGCCGCGUCGCUCGAGCGCUUCCUGCUCCAAGUGUUGACGGCCAACAAGUACGGCGUGUCCGUCCUGCGGAACGCCUCGGCCACCUCCAACUGGGACCUGGCCUCGUCCAUGUUCUUCGCCAACACUCUGGUCACGACCGUCGGCUACGGUCACACCAGUCCUCUGUCGGACACUGGGAAGGCCUUCUCCAUCCUCUACGCCCUGAUCGGAGUCCCCUUCACCAUGCUGGUGCUCACCGCCUGCGUCCAGAGGCUCAUGUACCCUCUGGUCCUCGCCCCAGUCGGCCUCCUGCAGCGCUCGGGGAUGGAGCCUCGGCCGGCCUUCGCUGUCCACUUCCUGUUGCUGCUGGUCCUGGUGGUGCUGUGCUUCUUCGUGGCUCCCGCUGCAGUGUUCAGCGUGGUGGAGGGGUCCUGGUCGUUCUUUGACGGCGUGUACUUCUCCUUCAUCUCACUCUGCACCAUCGGACUGGGGGAUUUCGUGCCGGGGACGCAGCCUGAGCAGAAGUACAGGCAGCUGUAUCAGGUCUCUGUCAUGGUCUACCUGUUUGUGGGUCUGAUGAUGAUGUACCUCCUGCUGCGCACCUUCCACAAAAUGGCCGACCAGCAUGGCCUGACCACCUUCCUGCAGCUGCCGCGCUGUGAGGAGUCCGACCAGGACGAGGACAGGGAGCCCAUUGUGGAGAACAAACGUGAAGACCAGGCGCCCCCUUACCUGACGGACAAAGCUGCCAGCCAGCCCCUGGAGCCGGGAUCCCAGCCCUCGUACAACAGCAUCAACAAAGGCUGAGCUGUGGGGAGGCGGGGAAAGACACAAAGGCUCUACCUCUGCCGGCCCCUUGGUCCUAAACCAGUGAUGAAACACCUAGACUGAUGGGCUGAAUCUGAAUUCUUAUCUGAAUUCUUAUUUUUUCAUCCUGUCUUCUCUUUGUCUCACUGUAAAAGAAAAACACCCAGUGAAGAGUUUUGAGAUUCAGCCUUUGUGAGGAGACUGGACAAACAGUUUGAGCUGUCAGCACUUUCUGCACAUUUAGAAAAAGGACUCUCUGAAACAGACAAUGUUUGGCAACCCGUUUGGGCCAAAAGGCACAAAUGUAUUCUUUUCCUGUUUGACACUGGUGUCACUGUGGUGUGUUCACCAUCCAGGCUCGGCCUCAGUCUUGGCUCAAACCAAAACGGUUGGUCCACGAAUGCUUGUUUUUAGAUCACUUCUGUCUUCUGCGUGUAUUCUUGUCACUUUUCAGGACUAACAAAUAUUUCAUCUACCACAGCAGCACCGACUGCUGACACUUCACAAUCUGUGAUUUUUACGAAUAUCCUUAAAACAGUGAACUGCAUUUGUGUUUUGUUUUGUUUCUUUCUUUGGAGGUUGGUACAUCAUUCAGCUAAUUCUCUUUAUACUUCACAUAUACACGUCGUGGCCAAAACACCUCCUGACUAUUUACCGGACCAUCCAGUCAUAUUUAUAAUCCUCAGGCUGGCACGCUGAAUUGGCCUUCACUCACUCGCUUUUGCCCAACUUGAUGGAUCUUCACGAGCAUGAAUGAUCGACAAAUGAGCCUGUUGCACUUUUAAGGUGACUUCCUCAAAUAAAGGUGUAAUGUGACCCAACACUGAGCAUGUAAAACCAUGUGGACCUCAACUGGAAACCUGUUUCAUAUUUGAUCAGAUUUCAUAUGUGGCAGUGUAACUUGUAACUGUGUCUGUGUGGAAGAGCACAGAAACUCCGGAGGAGCAGAGUUUUUGUUUCAGGACAUGGGCUGUCCUCCUUUAUGGUGCCGCCCCCUAGUGUGUGCAUGUAUGUAGUGCAACAUGUCGCCACACCUCUAGAACAGUCGCUAAUAAAUGGGGUUAAAUAGUUGUAAUAGAGGGACCGAAGAAAAGAAAACAAGGAAAAGGAGGGUUUGAUAAAAAAAAAGGGUUUCAUUGUGGUCCGAAUUUCAAUGGAAAACACAACCUGUCAUGGGUGAUUUAUAGCGUGUGGAUUAAAUCCAUCAAAAGAAUGAAGACAUGAAAUGCACUUUACUGCACAUCAGUUGUUGUUGUUGUCAAAGGAAGAGGCUAAUUAUAUCCUGAUACUGUAACGCACGUUUUCUCUGUCCAUGUUGGUGUAUUUGUAAUUGUAGUUCAACAAUAUCAUGUAUUUGAAUUGGAAAAUCAUAAAUUUACAACAAAAAACUACUUUGCCUUGUAUUAGGUUCUCAUUUGUGCAUGCAAUAACUUUCUGGGUUCAAACCAUAGACUCACUGUGUCCAGGGUCUCUCACCCAAGGUCACCUGGGACUGGCUCCAGCCAUUGCAGAAGAAAAAGAUGAGACGUGAGUUUUACAGGCAUACCCAGUGUAAUACCCAGCAAGUAUAUCUAAUAAUCAAUUUUUUUUUCUUCAAGCAGGGGACAUGACCUAAGAGUGGGAGACUACAGGGUGUUUUUAAGUGAGAUCAUAAAAUAGAUUGGUACAAGAAGAUUGGAAGAAAAUUACUUUCUUGUAGUGUGGGUGAAGUCUUCAGUCAUACAGGUAUGGCACAUUUUUCUAAUCGUAUUACAAGUUGGGUUCACAUAUUUUCCUGUUGUAUUGUAUCCUAAAUAAUUGUUAAACUAUGUCUCAAACUAUGCUCUCAUACAAAAAGGAUGUGAUGUUGUGAUUUCAAUGUAGGAUAACGGACAAACUCUACACUUUGCUCAAUGCUCUUAUGUACGUGAAGACAUGCGAGUAUUGCUUUAAGAGAAACUUAAAAACGUGUAACCUUCUUGUGGGGACAAGGCCGGGAUGAGAAUUUACAUUUAAAUUGUCGACCUGUUUUAUUCUUUCAUUCUAUUCUGUCUGAAACCUCCACGUCCUCUGGAUAAUAAUAUCCUGGAUGGUUUCGAUGUGCUCGUGUCGGCAUUAAGGUGGAGAAAUGGAAACUAACUAAACUAAAUACACCACCGCAGCUUUAAGAAUUGAUAUCUAAAUGCCACAUAAGGGGUGUGAAAAAAGGAAAAUAAAGCACAUCAUUCAUUAUCACAUUUUAUUAAAAACAUCAGUACAGGUAAACAUUACCUUAUUUAAAAAAAAAAGUCUAAAUACAUAAUGUGAGCAUUCUGCCCCUCAAUUUAAAAAACAUAACCGUUAAAAUAUUCGUGAAGAAAGUAAAAGUAAAUAAAAUAAAUGCCGUAACAAUAUUAAUAUACCAUUGUUGAAUAUGGUACGACAUUAAAUUACUCAUAUUGUUAACAAAAUAUGUCAAUAAUGAUUAGUUUGAGACUGCGUCUGUUCAGAAAGGACCUUCGCAUUGAAAGAAACUUCAGUCCACGAACAGGAUUAUAAAUGUACAAAAAACUAACAAAAACAAAACAUACAUCAUGUGCUUCAUCAUACAAUUUCUCUCCACUCUUCCUGCCGUACUUUAUAGCAGUGUGGGUUUACAUGAUGGAUCGACAUCUAGAACUGGUUAAGUUGCAGUUAAAACACCAUUUCAUUUUAAACAAUAUGCUUUAACAGAACUCUUACCAGGUGAUUCACAUGGCACAAUUUGGCACAAAUCUUACCUGUAAUGUUACAUUUUCAAUAAAUACUGAGUAAAACAUUAACCGCACGCUCACAUGACCCGAGACUCAAAAUGCAGAUUAUCUACAAAAGUGCAAUAAUUCAAAUGCAAACCAAAUGAAGCUUCUGCGUCUGUACAACAGAAGCGGUUGUGUAGUAGUGGAUGGCUGGCCGGUUCUGCACCGUCACAAGCAAACUCGUGAGGAUGUUUUGUAAACUGUCACUGUACUGCGAAGGCUCUGUGAAUAAAGGCAUCUGUUCAAAAGA